UGUGCCCCGGCAUGCAUUGCGUGAAUUCAAGAUGGCGGCUCAUUGUGAACAAGGCAGUUAAAAAAGUUGUUGCGAACGCGUGCCAAUUACUGACUGAAGACAGACUCUGAUGCCUACUAAACGUACAUAUAUGUAGAGCUUAUUCACAUCUCUAAACGUAGAAUGUCCAUCUCUGGAGAAUCAAGUCAACACCCUAUGGAGCAUCUUGAGUCACGGGGGCACAACACCCCAAGGCGGAGUUCAUCACGCUCAAUUAAAAGGAAAAAGUUUGAUGAUGAACUUGUGGAGAGUAGUUUAAAAAAGGGUCCCAAGAAGGGCUUUGAACCUGGCCAGUUGAUGGAGAAGGAAAGAGAAAAAGAGUUUACAUUCAAAGAGAAAGAUAAACGUCCAAUGUCAUCUAUGUCUUCAAAUGUUCGACCAAGUAGACGACAAAAAAAGUUAAAGACUCCUCAAGUCAGUAAAGAUUUUGGGCGAUGGAGACCUACUGAUGAUUUGGCUCUCAUCACAGCUGUACAACAGGUUCAAACAAAUGAUUUAACAGCAGUUUACCUAGGAGUCAAGUUUUCCUGUCGGUUUACUUUGAAAGAUGUUCAGGAGAGAUGGUACUCUUUGCUUUAUGAUCCAGUAGUAUCACGACUGGCAACGAUGGCAAUGAAACAGCUGCCCCCUGACAUAGUAGCAGCAGCACAAAACAACGCACUGUGGAGCACAAGUGAAGAAACCCUGCUAGCAAAUGUCCGUAGUUCCAGCCCAGCAUCUUUGGAGAUAUUCCACAAAUUACUAGACAACCACCCAUCUGUCUUCCACCAGUGCCGAUCUGCAAAGUCACUGAGAAACCACUGGCUCCUGAUGCGACAGUACCAACUGCUGGCGGACCAAUCAGUUCCAGCUGGAGAGAGUAACAUGAGUUUCUCAGAUGCUGAAGAACAGAUCAAUGAUGCCGAACUGUUGGAGGCCAAAGAUGAUGGCCUUGAGCAGGAGUUAUCUGUGGCUGACAGGAGACACAAGCGUGAAAUCCGUCAGCUUGAGGAAGAGAUUCCAAAGUGGCAGGUCGUAGUCGAUGAGCUGUGUGGACAAGGUAACACCACGUCUGGAGCGUCGGCCAACGAAUUUGACCUGCAAACUUUAGCCGUGCUUCGAGGGAGACUAGUCCGUUAUCUGAUGCGCUCCAGAGAGAUUUCAGUUGGCCGUGCAACUGCUGAUAACCAAGUUGAUGUAGAUUUGUCUCUUGAAGGCCCUGCUUGGAAGAUAUCUCGCAGACAGGCCACAAUCAAACUAAAAAGUGAUGGCGAAUAUUAUGUUAUCAAUGAAGGGCGACGUCCAUUGCUUAUUGACGGCAAAACAAUAAACCUCGGCUCCAAGGCCAGGCUUCACCACAAUUCCACAUUUGAGAUUUGUGGUUUACGAUUUGUGUUUCUAGUAAACCAGGAUCUCGUUUCGACAGCAAAAGAAAACAAGCCAGCUACUUGAUGUGUACCGAUAAUUGAUGGUCUUCAAUGUAUCGCCAAGUAUCCCAGGACGUCUGUUACUUGCUUUUACGUAACAGGCGCACUUUAUGUGGAAAAAAAGCCGUGUUUCUGCGCAUAAUCAAACAAGUGUUUUUUUUUCUUUCUUCGGAAGUUACAGCCUCGAAUUACAGGGGCGUGUCCACAGAAAAAUGCAGUGUGAGGUCUACCAGUAAUUCACUGACCUGUGAUAUGGUUUUGAAGAUGGCGUUUUGUCUUUCAUUUCAAAGUAAAGCCAUUAUUGAGCUUCUAUAUACCCACAAAAGUCAUAACUAAGUCAGUCUUAGCUGUUAGACUAGUCAAUAGUCAAUUUAACGUAUCAUUGGUUACCCACGUGAUCUCAUUUCUGCAGAUGAGCCGCCCACCCCUCUCACUCUGGGCACGCCCCUGGAACUUCAACGUCAUUCAAAUGGCGUCUGUUACCGAGUUCAGGGCUUGCCCGUAUUUAUGAUAUACACUGUCACCUCUUGGAAUUUCCCGGCACACAAUAUAAUUUAACUUGUUGUUGCCAGUGCUUUCUCACCUUUUCAGACGUUUCUAUUUGGCCCUUUAAAAGGUCUGGUCGCAUAUUUCAGGUAGGGGCUAGUAUUUUUUAUGUGUAGUAGUGGGGGGAGGGGGUGAACAAUGUAUUUGUCAAGUCUGUUAUUUCGUGAUCAACUUUGUAAUAAAGGAUAUUUUGACUGUAAUAAUUACGCACACUAAAAGCCCGUUGGGUACUGUUUACGUUUCUGUGGGGUUUCAUAGUCGGGAUGUAGAUAAGAUUAGGUUGUUAUGUUGUACUAUUACAUCCUUAUUGUUAUACACUCUUUUAUAAGAACGUCUACAUUUUCAGUUGGGGCUUGGCCGUUCUUAUUUUUUGGGCAUUUUAAGGCUCGAAUAUGUUCUUGACGAUGUUCUUUUUAAUUUUAGUGUAUGUAAAUAUAUAAUACCCAAUGAAUUCGUAGAAAAAGAGUUACACCAAUGGUUAUAGCAUUAUAUAUAAGGUUGUUACUAUGAGCACAUUUGAUUUUGCCUUUUAGAACGCAUCAGAAUAUCAGAAUAUUUUUCUGCUAUCUGAGCCUCGGCAUGUUCUUAGCAUGUUCUUAAAAUUUUGUGAAAUAUCAGGCUGGACGUUCUUAUAUAGAAGGUUCUUAUACAAAAAAAGUGUACGGAAUUCAGCGAAAUAAAGAUGGGGAAUUUUCGAGUA